UAUUGGUCAGUGAUUCACUAACAAUACCUAUGUAAACGGACGAUUAUUGACAGUUUAGAGUAAAUAUUUGUAUUUCAGCUUCAAUUUAAUUUACAUAAAGGGUUCAUAAUUGCUAUUUGUAACAGGUUUUCGGAAAACGAAAGCGUUCAAGUUUCUGUCAAGCUUUUAGUUUGCGUUUUAUUUUUGCUACGUCGUUAUUAAAAAAUGGCACAAUUUAUCGGAAAAUGGAAAGGAGAUGGAAGCUCAUACACAAAUUAUGAUGCCUUUGCAAAAGCGUCAGGCAUUCCAGACGACUUAGUGGAAAAAUUCCGUACUGCCACCACUGAAAUGGAAUUCAAAAAAGAUGGUGAUUUCAUACUUUGCGACGUAAAAACUAGUGCUGGUCCAGAUAAAGUUUAUAAAUUUAAAUCUGGAGAAGAAGUAUCAACGACUGACCCUUGGGGAAAAGCAGCGAAGUUCACAAUUACCGUCGAGUCGGAUACAAAAAUGGUAGAGGUAAACAAAUCGGAAAUGAUGGACUGGAAAGAGAUGAAAAUGACACGAGAAAUCAAAGGAGGAAAUACAAUAAUAGAGACAGCAGAGUUACCUUGUGGCACUAAAAUGACAAUGGAGUUUUCAAAAGUUUAAUGGAAAGACUCAACAUCAGCGUGGAUGAAUAUACUUUAUAAACACUUCUUUAAAAUAGUUGAUCAAUUGAUUUUUGUUUUCUGCAUUUUUCUUCUGGUAAACCAAAAUUGUAGUUUGUUUAAUGCUUAAAUGCCUGCAAAACUGCUGAACUGGGCUGAAUAGAUGAUCGCAAUACAUAGCACUGCCAGACAAUAGUCAACAUAGUUGUAAUAAAUUAUAUAGAAGACCUCAAUUACUGAUAAAAAGUAAAACAAAGGAUACAGAACACCAAACAUGGUAUCAACGCAUACAGUGCAGUUAACUUACUGGCAUUUAUAUACAAUAGAAUAAACAUCAUCUAAGUUUUA